AUGAGCAACUACGCGAGCGAAAGACAGGCCGACCAGGACUUCUCCUACAAGACCGGCAACUACCCGCCCCCCAACGACACGACCUCCUCUGGCGGGUACGGCUCCGCCGACACCUUCGCCCCACACUCCCAGCGACACGCCGACCCGACCCCCGCUUCCUCCAACAGCAACGGCCUGAUCGACCAGUCGCUCGACGGCGGCCCCGUCGGGCGCGAGCUGCAGGACGCGAAGCAGGGCGCCGACCCGCGCGCGCGCGAGGCGUUCGCGCACGAGGCGCGCCGGGAUUUCGCGCCGGGAUCGCAGGGUCAGUAUGGCGAGAGCGUGCAGUCGCGUGAGGAGGCGGGGGAGAAGCUCGCGACGGGCUAUGCGGACCAGCGCGGGCGGCAGUAUGAGGGCGGGGGCGCGGCGAGUGGGGAGGGCGACCAGGGGGCGUUCUAG